AUGCCCGGAAAUCCGAUAGAAUAUACUACAGCACAUACACUUUUAGAUUGUUCAACACCAGGGCUAGAAUUGCCAGCAGAAUAUCUGAACAAUAGUGCAAAACUUGUUAAAAUCGAUUUUUCUAUAACUGAAUCUGGUUGGUAUGACAGUAUGUAUGACGGUCAAAACUACACUAUACCUUUGCUAAAAGACAUAGACGCCAUCUCUGCAGUAUGUUACGGUGAUGGCGGGUUCGGAUUAUAUAGUCAAGAUGAACAAUACUUGGACAUUGGUGACGUAGCGGUGGGGAUAAGAGUUUGUGAAUUUUCAAAAUAUAUAUAUUAUUAUCAUAAAACGGCACGGAUACUAUCAUACAUUUGUAAUCAGCAUGUUUAUGUUAGAUCAUGCAAUGGCAAAAUACAACUGGAUUUGACACAAGACUUUUAUUACAGAGGAAAUAAAUGUCUCAUUCGUGCAGACGUUGUAAAAGUUAUACCAGAGGUUCGACACAAGGUGAAAUCUGUUGAUGAUGGAGUGAAAAACUAUAAUCAAUAUGACCCUUUUCUGCAGUUCAAAUGUUCAUUUAAGAUGUUAGAAAACCACAUUUACACUGUGAAAUGGUACCUAAAUGGACAUUAUGUGAUAGAAAAGGGACCUUCAAGGAACGCAAGUGUUCUUGCUGUAACAGAAGACGAACUUGGCGUAAACAAUCUUAAUUAUAAGGUAAAGUGUGUUGUUUCUGUACAUUCAAAGAAGCGAUCUGAUCCUGUAGAAACGACAAGCGACGACUUUUUCGCUGGAUUUAAGAUAAUAGAUCCCAAAAUUUCAUUAAGUAAGUCAGGAAAUGAAAUUAUAACUGUGGAACAAACUGUUCCGAUAGGAUGUGCUUACAAUGAUACUUCUUCUCCAACAUGUGAGGAUACAGUAUCUGUGGUUGAUAAAAUCUUCGAGCAGAAUAUAUGUUCAGAUGGUGUUUUUGCAACCAAUGCUAUUUCUCCGGGUACACGGUUUUACUCCAUCAAGACACUCAAACAGGAUGAAACUUGGGAUGGUAUGACAACGUUCCCAUUCAAGCUUGAAACAGUUGACAAGACAUAUGACGACAAGGAUACCUAUGAUCUUUUUAUAACACACAGCGGUACAAAUGCAAAGUCUUCUGGAGACACCGAAGAUGCCAAGGUUAGAGUUACUAACUUGGAAUACAGUAAAAACAAAAUGUGUUACUCCCAUGUAGAUCCACAUAUGCGCACUGGAAAUGGCAGAUCGUACGAGCAACAGAUGGAGGGUGACUAUAUUCUUUACAGAAACACAUUUUUUGACAAGAAUGAGAUUUUAGUUCUUGAAAGGGCAAGGUAUUGUAGUGGUAAUUCUGGACCGGUGUGUGCUUGUGCUAUCAUUGUUCGAGCUGGUGCAGACGCAUUUAUGAUAAAUCGUUGUAUUGGAAAACAGUCCGAAGUUAAAUUCAUUCAAUGCUGUGAUGGUGGAAUUAUCGACGUUUUAAAAAUAAGUGACAGUAAAUAUGAGAUAUACACUCCAAUUGGUACCAAAAUUUCAAUCCAUCUAUUGGAUGGAUGGGCAAACGGUCGCAAUAUGAAUGUGGAUAUAUAUCUAAUAUCGAAGGAUGAAGAUCAUACAGAUGGACUUUGUGGAAAGUAUGACAAGAACGAUACUAAUGAUUUUCUCUUAAGAGAAAAUUUUCCCCACAAACAAGAAACUGUAAAAAAUAAUGAUGGCCACAGAUUUUCUGAUAGUUGGAGGUAAGUUUUACGGUAUCUUAUCAAUGAGAAUAAAACUGAAAAGAAGAGAAAUUUAAACAAAAGAGAAUCAAAAUGACCGCAGUCUUUAAAUCUAAAUUAAUUAACAACACCGCUAACAUCUACCUUUAUCAACAUAUACAUGUACUUAUAUAUCGUAUCAUCAGUCUUUACGUUUAGCUUUAGGUGCUUUUCGCACUUCACCCGUAGAAAGUCUAUAUGCGGAAGCUGCGGAACCAUCGCUUCAUCUUCGUCAAAAAAAGCUAUCACUUCAAUAUGCAACUAGAAUUUCAUCUAAUAGCAAAAAUCAAAAUAAAAUUAUUAUUUUCAAACCAAGUUAUACUGAAAAAUUUGUUAACAAACCAAAGGAAAUUAAACCAUUAGGCAUUCGUUUAGAAGAUGAUUUAGAUAAACCUAAAAUUAAUCCAGA